CACUUCAGGCACAACGCAUCACGAACAUGACUCAAGUGGAGGCCCCCUCCAACUAUCUCCGCCUGUUCAAGGAGUUUCUGCGCCAGAGCUCCAUCAAUGGCCUGCACCCGUUCCUGUACCCCACACCCAUCCGAUACGCCAAAGCACUCUGGCUGACGCUGAUGGCCGCAAUAGUGGUGUGGACCCACGUUGUUAUCGUCAAUCUCACCCUGGAGUACCUAGACCAGCCAACAGAGAUCCAUAUGGCCCCCGAUCUGGUGCACGUGGCCAACAGCCCCUUUCCGGCGGUCGGCGUCUGCACCGCCAAUAAGAUCAGCCAGCGUCUGCUGCGCAGCUAUGCCGUCAAACUUUAUCAUCACCAGGAAAAGUCCAAAUCCAACGACGAGUCUACGCUGCAGAGGGUGGCCCUAGAUGUGGACGAUAUGGCCGAACGCCUGCUGGUGCUGGCGCAGUUCUAUCUGAAUCCCCUGGACACCCCGCAGCUGGACGAGGCGCAGCUGCAGCGGCUCCACUGGCUGCUCUCCAGCUACCACAACGACACUGGCUACUCGGUUCGUGAUAUAUUGCGUCAACUGUCGCCAGACUGUGGCGAAUUGAUAAUCCGAGGCAUUGUCUACGGCUCCCCUGUGAACACCAGCCAAAUGUUUGUCAAGCGACCGACUUCAUCGAAUGUGUGCUGCAUAUUUAACUAUCGCCGACCCAGCUAUUCCCAAAUUGCGCACAUACGAGCGGAGGAUAAUGCCGAGAUGGGGGCCCAGCCAAAGGUGGUGUUUGAGUCCAAUUCCAUUUUGAACAGCGUGCAGUUUGUGCUGCAGGACACACCAGAGGAUGAUCAGACCAACACUUUCAUGACCAACAAUGCGUUUCAGCUGACAAUCUUCCCGCAGGAGGAUUAUGCCACCGUUCAGUCCACUACUUUGGGAGAAAUACUCGUUGAUCACAACACCAUUGUCGAGAUUCCCAUUCAGCCCACGUUCUUCAGCUCCAGCGAAGGAGUGCGCACCGUCUCGCCGGAAGCUCGUCGCUGCUACUUUCCCGAGGAGGGGAGGAAGCUCAUCAACCAAUCGUAUUACUCGAUUGACGAGUGCCUGCUGCUGUGUCGCAGCAAAAGCAUGAUGGAUCACUGCGGCUGCGUCUCCCCGCCUAUGAUUGGCAGCUCCACAGACCUAAAAUACUGCAGCCUGCCCGAUCUGCCCUGCCUGACCAAGUGGAAGAGCAUCUGGUAUGGUUACGACGAGUUCGCGUAUCUGCAGGAGGGCGAGAGCCAGGCGGCCCAAGGACAAUGCACCCACUGCCUGCCCACCUGCAAUGGAGUGAGUUUCCGCAUCACAAGCAAUGUGGCGCCCAUGCGCCUCAACUACAAUGGCACCGGCUACCGUACGGGUCUACUAAAAGGGCUGACCAACGAGCGACCCUUGGCUGUCAUCAAGUUCUUCUUCAAGUUGCGCUUUGCACAGGCCACCAAAUCGGAGCUGGUCAGCACUUGGGUGGUGCUCCUUAAUCGCUUUGGGGGCAUCCUCUCGCUUAUGUACGGCUUUAGCAUAGUUAGCUACAUCGAGAUAUUCUAUUACCUCACGGGCAAGUGGUUCGUCUACAUCUGCAGAGCAUUUACCAAGAGGCAACCACCACGACCAGUCAGAGGAAACAACAGCCUCUACUGGGAUGAGUUGAUGCCCAAGGGAUUAGGAUUAAGGGUGCCCAAUUAGCACGUGGAAGAACGAACGCACUCUCCUCGGAUGUAUGCUGAGCAUAAAUACUCUUUAUUUUGAAAUCGCUUUGAAAUACGCUCACAAAUGAUCAACAAUAGAAUGGACUUAUAUCAAAAAUGUAUAUAAUG